CAGAAUGUUUCUAUGUGAGAAAUCCCACACAGAAGUACUGUAGUUCUGAAAAGUUCAUGCUAGUUGUCUUUUUCAGGCUUGUAUUUUGCUCUAACUCAUUUUGUUUGUCUUGCCAGUUGCAGCAGGUCAAUUGUCCAUCAACACUCCACUUACUGAUGUGCACGAGCUUCUCCAUUCAGAUGUCCUCUUGCCCUGGUUCUUCACUCCAAGUAGUAAAUAUGGUCUGACAUAUAUGCUUCUGACCUGGAAACACAAUCAUGUGGUUCUGGCCCUGUACAUUUAUGGGGAACUGACAACCACCAACAGAGUAGAGAUAUUGGAAAGUGACCUACACAGCGGCAAUGCCUCCAUUCUACUCAAAAACGUUACCAUUCAAGGUGAAGGAAACUAUACAUUUGAGCUGUAUGAGGUUCCACAUUUUAAUAAAAGCCGCAUACAGCUUAAAGUUGAAGCUCUUUGAUUGCUGCAGAUCAGGUUAAUUUCUUAAAGUGCUACGCAGAGACUUUCUACCCUGGAAACAUCUCUAUGAAGUGGCUUAGAGGCAGCGAGAUUCUUAUUCAAGAACAUUUAGAGCCACUCCAAAAUCCAGAUGGCACCUUUAACGCAGUGGGUCACUAUGAAUACACUCCAGGCAUCGAGGACAUCGGUGUGCCUUUUACCUGCCAAGCUGAGAUUGAAUCUGAGAACAAGCAGUUGUUGAACAUCACUCAUCAGAUCUGCAAGCCCGCUCUUGCUCUUUUGCCCUCAACUCUUUUUGUGGGUCAAGAAAACAAUGUCACCUGUAAGGUCAGGGACUGCCUCUUCUCGAGUGUCACAGUAAGCUUGAAGAUAAAUGGAACGACUUUCAACAAAACUUGCAAGAAUGUUACAGAAUGUGAGAUACAAGAAGUCCUCGUGGGGCAGGAGGGUGAGGCGUUAGUAUGUGCAGCUGAAACAGUUGGGCUUGUCCAGCCUCUUAAAGAGCUUCUCAACUUCACAGUGGCAGGUAAAUGGGAGAAUGAAAACAUGAAAUUUAUGCUUCUAAUGCUGCUGAUUUUACCCUUUGUGGUGUUACUUGUGUGCUGUAAGUUCUGCAAAACAAAUGAGAAAAUGGCUUUCCACAUGUCUGACAUUGAUGUUCCCCCAGAAAUAAGCGUGGAUCAAAAAUGUACCUUCAGAAGAGGAAGUUUGGAAUUAAAAAAGCCAACGUGGUGGAUUAAAAGAAAAGAGCAAUGGUGUGAAAUUACACAUGACGACCAGUAUGCUGUUCAAAACCCUGCAAAUGGAAACUCCACACCGGAACAGACAUCGAUGCUGGAAAGUUAAGAGAAGGCAACCUCCAUUACAUUUCGUCUGACCACUGAACAUGAAGGGGCUACAAUGCAGUGCAGAAUUACUGCUAUGAAAAACUGCUUGACAUGGGCCAGGAAGGACACAAAGAUCACAGGGCUGCAACAUUAACGUUGCAUGAUGAUACUAAUUUUAACGUGGGUUUAAAAAAAAAAAAAGUUUAACACUUCAAUGGUUUCUUAUGUGGCAGCACUUGUGAGAGGAUUAAAGACACAGAGGACAUGGGGUGUCAUCAUCAUAUCCAACCAGUUACCAAGUGUAAUAAGCUUAUAUGUUUAAUAUGUCACUGUGCUCUGUACAAAAAACAUUUUAUAAAUCUGCUUCUUCUCACAUGUACAGUUAU